AUAUUAGUUGUAAUAAAAAAGAUAAGAAUCAUCUUGUAGUGAUAGUUAGUGUCCUUUUUAAGAAAUUAUACAUUUAUAAACAAAGUAAAUUUGUAUAUGCAAACUAAACCAAUUUUAGAUUUAUACGAUGAAAGUUUAAUUUAUUUAAAAUAACAAGAAGGAAUUAUUAGCAAACAUGAAUAAAUCAAGGUUUUCUAUGUUGCUAUUGGAACCAGGUGAGAUUUAUUUUGAAGACUAUUCCUGUACUAUGAAUAUAGAGACAAAAACAGGAUGUGGACAGCAAGGACGCUUAAAGCUUUGUUCUAAAUCUCUAGUUUUUGAACCUAGAGAGUGGGCACAACCAUUGAUUAAGUUACAUUUUAAAGAAUGUAUUGAGAUAGAUACAGUACCAAAUGAAAGUUCGAAUAAUACUAAUAUGAUAAAAGUAAAAGUCAAACAAUAUUCAGAAAUGUUAGAGGAAAACAUUUUAGCACCUUAUAAAUUUAUAUAUGAAAGUAUGGAUUUCUUUUUUUUGUUCGAUUUUGCAUCUGCUGAUGAAUGCUUGCGUCAAAUGCAGCAACUGCUGAGAGCUUCAACGCUGCAUGCCCCAGAGCACAACAGCAUGGUGGCAACAAUUCUACAUUCACGCUAUACUAGAAUGAUAUUUGAUACAGUUAUGAUGGAAGAUUUUACAGAAAAAAUUAUCUGCGAAUUCCAAACUGAAAAGAUUUCUCCUUUAGUUAGGCAUCAAGGAAAACUGGCCGUGACGCCUACUACUCUUUAUUUUCAGCCUUUUAGUAAUAUUGAAAAUAGUCCAAUUCUUAAGAUGAAACUUGAACACAUGAAAAGGAUAUAUAAAAGAAGAUUUUUAUUAAGGCAAGUUGGACUCGAAAUCUAUUGUGCUGUAGAAAGCCCAAUCUCACAUAUUUAUUUAUCUUUCCAAAGUGAAAAGGAUAGAAAUAGGGCAUACCAAAUACUGGAAGAAUCUCCUAAUGUUAAAUUAGAACGAGUGCACAUUGAGGAGAUGACACUACAAUGGCAAAAUGGAGUUGUAUCUAAUUUUGAUUAUUUGAUGCAUUUAAACUGCCUUGCAGAUAGGAGUAAAAAUGAUCUCACUCAAUACCCAGUGUUUCCAUGGGUGAUUGCAGACUACACCUCAGAAACAUUGGAUUUAGAAUCAGUACAAACAUUCCGAAAUCUGUCUAAACCAAUGGGAGCCUUGAAUCCUGACCGGCUGGAAAAAUUACUGGAAAGAUACCACGAGAUGUCCGAUCCAAAGUUUUUAUAUGGAUCUCAUUAUUCAGCACCCGGCCUCGUAUUAUUUUAUUUAGUUCGAAAAUAUCCUCAAUACAUGUUGUGUCUCCAAAAUGGAAGAUUCGAUCAUCCAGAUCGAAUGUUUAACUCUGUAAAAGACGUCUACAAUAAUUGCUUGAAGAAUAUGUCUGAUUUUAAAGAACUUGUUCCAGAGUUCUAUGACACAAAUGCAAAAGGAGAUUUUUUGCUGAAUAUGUAUGAUAUCGAUUUUGGGGAGAGACAUAAUGGCAGUAAAGUAGACAACGUAAAUCUCCCGCCCUGGGCCGUGUCUCCAAAGGAUUUCGUGAAUAAACUCAGGGAAGCCUUGGAGUCAGAGUAUGUGUCUAGGCAUUUACAUUUAUGGAUUGAUCUCAUAUUUGGUUAUAAGCAAAGAGGAGAAGAGGCUGUAAAAGCUUUUAACGUGUUCCAUCACGUCUGUUACGAAGGAUCGGUUGACCUUGAAUGCAUUUACGAUAUGAACGAUCGACACGCUCUGGAAGUUCAAAUAAUGGAAUUCGGUCAAGUUCCCAAGCAGCUGUUCACAAAACCACACGUCAGGAAAAUUUUAUCAAAAGUUCUGAAACCUUUAUCGAAUAAAAGUUAUGAUAAUCAUGAUUAUGAAUACAGUAUGGAAUGCGUGAAUACUAUAAGGUUGCACAAGGAAGCUGUGACGUCAGCGCUGCGGACGGGCGACCGGGUGAUAUCGGUUUGUAAGGAUGGAACUCUGAAAGUGUAUGACAUGGUACAGAGGAAGCAGAUACGGAGUGUUAUAUUGUGUUCGACGCCGCUCAGCUCGUGUGUCAUGGUGGACGAGAAUAUCGUGGCCGCUGGUUCCUGGGACAACGAAAUAUAUUUAUACGACGUCGAAUUUGGUCGGGUCGUUGAGAGCUUUCGAGCGCACGACGAUUCAGUGAGCUGUUUGAAAUGGUUGCAGAAAGAUCGCUUGUUGGUGUCGGGCGGCUGGGACGGCGUGGUGCGCGUGUGGGGCCACGUGGGCACCGCGGGGCACGCUCUGCGCGGCCUGAAGGCGGAGUUCGACCACGACGGGAAAAUCAACACGGUUGCCUACAGAUACCGAAGACACAUACUCGACAUAUUUGCGGGCACGUCGGACGGCGAAGUAUUCGUAUGGGAUUAUUCUACGAAGGAACUCAUUAACAAGAUCAAAGUCCAUACAUCGGCUGUGAGCGGCGUGUGUCUCUUGUGCGAAGACAGAAUUGUCACAACCAGUGAGAAUGGAGACCUGAGUGUUACAGAUCUCAGUGUUUUAAACUCGGUUUAUCAAAAACAGGUAUCUGCGACGAUUACUAGUAUCUGUUGUGACGGUGCCUGCUUGUUGUGGCUGGGAGGGAGCUCCGGAACGUUGCUGCAAUGGAACAUUAUCACGGUGGCGCAGCUGAGCGAAGAACAGGCACACGAUGAUUUGAUACAGAGUAUACACUUCGAUUGCCCUUCAAAGACUCUUAUCACAGCAAGUAACGAUAAGUCGAUCAAAGUAUGGCAAUUAACACGGAGAUCCUGACCUUACAUAAUUUACUUUUAUUUCAGUAUUAUAUUUACGUUUCUAUAUUUUUGUAAUUGUUUGAAAAUUUUAAAGAAAAUAAAGAUAUACAUUAAAUAUAUAACUAUAUAAGACAAUAAAGUGAUAUUAUAUUAG